GCCCUGACACAUAACUUGUAUUCCAUUAACCAAACACUUCUUUAAUUUUAAUCUUUAUUUUCUUUUACCUAUUCAAAAUUCUCGGUACCAAAACAAAUUUCUAUUAUCCUAAAAUUCAAUCGUUUUCAUUGGCAAAAACAAGAAAUAAUGGCUGAAAAACUGGAAAAUACAGAAAAUACAGAAAAUUCGGAAUCUGAAACCGAGCAGAAGAAAAUGGAAUCCCUUCACUAUAUCAGCGGCAGUUCCCUUGAAAUAGAAAAUCCUUCAAAUUUACAAUUGCAGGAAAUUGUGAACAAUGCCUUGGAUCAGAUUCAAUCGAUUUCCGAUUGUAAUAAACUAAAUGUGAAUGAUAUUGUGGACUUGAUAAUGCCCAAGGUUAAGUGUGAACUCCACUUGAAUCUCAUCAAGGACAUAACGAAUAUGAAGGAUUCCCUAAAUACUUAUAUGCAACAAAUGCAAGUUGUUGAUCAGGAUAUUGCCGAUAUAUAUCUGGAUUUGCAUAAUAUAUACAAGAAACUAGAACGUUUCGAUAAUGGCAACCGAAAGUUGAGCGAUGAAAAUAGGGAAAAGUUAUCAAAACGCGUCCAAGAAUCCGAAGAGUUGCAAAAGAGAUCUCGUCACUAUUUGACAAAUGAUGCCAAGGAAUUGAGUGCCAUGCUGGUAAAGCCACCUCAGGAACCUAAUAUAAACCUAAAUUAAGGAUAAGAAAUUGUUUUAUUUAAGUCUCGGAUUUAGUCAAUCAAUUUAAUUGCUGAAAACUUAACUCAAUGAUGCGAAAAGUAAUUAAAAAUGCCAAAAAUAAGGGAACUAUAUUAA